AUUUCCUAUUUCAAACUGAAAGUAGUAUGAACAAGAUGUAGGAAAAUUUAAUGAAAUCAGGUAAUCAAGACAAAGGAUGGACAGAGAAGAUCAACGUAGAUACUUGGUGGUUGGAUCUGUUAUUUUAGAAGUUGUUACGCCCUUGUUUCAACAAAAGAUAGAGAAUGACUUUACAGCUGGCGGGUUUGGAUCCCUACAGGCAUUUAUCAACAGUCAACAAGUCAUUCACACCCUAUUUCACCUACGACACAGAAACUCAUGGUGUUGUAAGGACAAAACAAACUGUCGUAAUCCUUCUGCACUGCCUUUGGUUUACUGCCAAUGGAACAAGUUAUAUUCUGAAAAUCCAGGACCUGGUAUCCACAACUGUCACUGCAAAUUCACAGCUAAUCCUGUUCAACUUAAUGAACUAGAUAUCAGCCUUUCCAGUUUAAUUUUAUUGAACUGUUGUAACCUAUCACAACCUGAAGAGGAAGCUGUUCAAUUGUUACGACAAUACAAGAAUGACUACUUAAGUCAUAAUACAACAGGUUGUAUAACCCAAACUGAAUACAAUACCUUAUGGCCAGAUCUAGGAACUUAUGUCUUGCGACUUGACCCAAGUAAAAAUGAUUCUCUCAUCAAGAUAGAACACAGACCACUGGACAAGUCACUGUGUAAAAAAUACUUCACAUUCCUUCUUGAUCUUCAUCAACAGAUAGAAGAGAUAAAGUCAACCAUGGAAAGUGUUCAUUCGUCCAUCCAAGCUGUCAGUUCUUCAAUAAGUGGACUAAACAGUUCUGUAGAAACAGUUUUUCAGGCAAUGGAUACAACAGUUCAAGGAAUAGACAUAGCAGUUCAUAGAACAGAUACAGCAGUUCAAGGAAUGGAUACAAGAGUUGAAGGAAUGGAUACAAGAGUUCAAGUAAUGGGAAAUUCCAUCCAAGGAAUAGAAACAUCAGUUCAGCAAACAAAUGAUCUUCUUAAGGAACUCCUACAGAAAGGUUUGACAUGUGAAUGUGGCAGACAAAUCAUAAUUCCUCUCUGUAAAGACCAAAGAAGAAAACAGAAAGAAAGAAGAGAUCAGUAUCAACUAGGACAAAAUAUAUUCUUCCUUCAUCAACAACUCAAUCUUAAGUCACUAUUCAGUAUUGGCGAGACAGAAUGGAUAAGAGAUGUAAAGAUGAUGGAUGACGGUAGGCUGGUGUUCUGUUUACUUUGGGAAAAGAGACUAAUGAUCUGUAACACUGAUGGAUCACAGAUAGACAGUAUAUCUGUACAGGGAACACCAUGGUGUGUCACUGCAGUCAACAACUCUAUAGUGGCUGUUAUAGUUGAACUGCAGGACGAAUGUUAUAUAGAGACGUAUGACAUAAACAAUAAACACAUACUUAAAUCCAUAUUAAUUCCUGGAAUUUUUAUUGUUAAUGGCAUUGCAAUGAUAAACAACAAGUUUGUAGUAGGUGGUUGGAGAAAACUACUGAGUGUUGAUUAUCAGACAGGAGAGACAUGUACAAUAACAACAAUAGAAGGAUGUAUGAAUCCCUGUGUGUUACAUGCUUCUGGUGACAGAAUAUUCUUCACUUUUUUAUGGAGCAAUGAUAGAACACUAAGCUGGUACAAUUAUAUUGAUAACAAAAUAUAUAACAUGAAAUUACCAUCACGUUCAACCUCUAUAACUUCUCUACAAGAUGGAAGUUUGUAUGUGUGCUGUGAUGAUGGUUUAAUACAUCAUGUAUCAAAAGAUCUCAAACAUGGGAAAAAGGUCAGAGGAACCAACAAUGAGUGGCUGAAGGGAAAUUCUUUUAUCAGCUACAACACAAAACAAAAUAAGAUGGUUGCUCUUAAUAAUGAAAAUAUUCUGAUCAUCUUCCAUGAAUAUCUUUAACACCUAUGUCAAUUUUCCAUAUGGGCAAACAUUGUGCGACAUAUAUUAAAUGUCUAUACUUUCAUGUGUUGUACUAUGUAUUCUGUUUAGAAUUGCAAUCAGUUAGUAAAGUAAAGUAAAAGAAAAUAACACUCCAUUAUUUUGUUUUGUUUGAAGCGCUUUUAAACAGUCAAAUCUAGUGUUGGGUAAGAAAUGACAAUGAAGUUAUAUACAGAUGACAGUAGAUAUACUUCAAUGGUACAAUCUAGGGUGAGAUGAGUAUUGACAAUUUAGUCUUGACCUUCAUAUAUAUUAUGCAUCAAAUUGUACAUGCUUAAUAGGUAGGGACAUGUGUUAAUACUAUACUGAAGUAAGCAGAUGAUAUAAAACAUUCUUCUUACCUUUUAAGCUGACCGACCAUUGAAACUUUGGCUGAUUCUACAUUUCUUAUUUGUCCUGCUCUUACACUAAAACAAAAGCACAUAGUAUAUGGUUUAAUAUGAUUAAAAAAAUGUUUUGUUGAUAUUUAGUAUGAAAACUGUAAUAUAAAAUUCCUCUUUUACAUUCUAUCAAAUAACAGAACUUACAUUUUCAUUUGCCGAAGACUCAUUGUGAGAUAAAAUCUUUCAAUGUUGACAUACAUUUGGAAUAAUUUCUAGAUCGUAUCUUGAUGUUAUAAUUGCUUAUCAAGGUAUUUAACGAUAUAACCACUAUUUAAAUUCAAAUUUACAAGUUUUUAAAUCUUUGUUCAACCUAAGGACUUAUUUUUAUUAAGCCUUGUAUGCCAUUAUAUAAUUAUAAACAUGCAUAUCACAGUGUCAGUUAUGAAAACCGAAAUUUUACCUUUGAAAAAUUAUAUGUGAAAAUGACAUUUAUUUUUGAAAUUAUUUCAAAACAUUGUCCCUACUGUGAUAUUCAUGAACUAUACAAUAUUUCAUAUUGGCUUUAUACUUGUCACAUAUAGAUCUGAGUAUAAGAACUAACCUCCAUU